AUGUCAACAUCAGUUGAAAAAAAUGAAUUUGAAGAUUAUUACGAUUGCAAUAUAUGUUUUGAACAUACUCGUGAACCAUUCACGUUACCAAACUGUAGAUGUAAUACAAUGAUCUAUAAACCUUGUAUUUACAAAACUGUCAAGGAAUGGCAAAGAUGCCCGUGGUGUAAAGAGAAAACUACGAUAAAGGAUUUGAAUAAAUUAAAUAAAAUAUUUAAAAAAAUACAAAAUGAAAGUGAAAUUGAUUUUUCUGAUAGAGAAAAUUCACGAAAAUACCAAAAAACAAAAAUAUCUUCAAAUACGAGAAUUAAAAGAAAACAUGAUAAAAAAACAAAUGAUUUUCUUUCGAUUUUUUCUGAUUUGGAUGAUUCGAUUUUCAAAAAGAAAAAGACUUCGAAUCGAUUAUUUGAAAAUGAUAUUUUUCAAGAAUAUGAAUUAGAAAAAAAAAGACUGGAAUUAAAACGUGAUAUUGAUUUAAAACAAGUAGAAUAUAAUUAUGAGAAAUCAUUGAAAAAACUUCAUGAUGAUUAUUUUCAUAAGAUAUAA